AUGAAGAGAGACACCCUGCACUAUGCUCAACGCGGCGCCGAAGGCGCGUUCGAAGACGACGGCAGCGACAUUCAAGGCUUCGAUGCCGAACGCAUGCGCGAUAGUACCCUGCUCUCAGCCCAAGAGGAGAAGAAGCUGUUGCGAAGAAUCGAUUGGCGUAUCAUGCCGCUCUGCUCAGUCAUGUUCCUACUCAAGAAUCUGGACUCCGAUAACACCUCGAACGCCAGGAUUAUGAACAAAGGCACAGCACAAAACAUCAUGACGGAGCUGGCUAUGACGGCUGAUGAGUAUACACUGCUGACUGCUCUGUACUAUAUUCCUUACAUUAUCUUCGAAGCGCCCUCCAACUUACUCCUGAAGAGCAUGAAACCCUCAGUAUGGCACAAUCUCUCGGGAGUCUUUGGGGGCAUAUUUGCGUAUGCUUUCGAUACUGCUUCUGGUGAGGCUGGGUCGUCGGGGUGGCAGCUACUGUUCCUGUUCGAGGGUUUGGUGACGGUCGUGUUUGCGGCUGUGGUAUACUUUUGCUUGCCUGACUUUCCUGAUACUGCAGGAUGGCUCUCUGGAAAAGAGCGAGCAUUUGUGAAAGAUCGUUUGCCGCAGACCGCUCCAAGAGCUGAUGAGCUUAAAUUGUAG